AUGGCCGAUAGAAGAUUUCCGUCGUAUCCGGUCCAUUUUCGUGGCAUGACACCUUUUCUGGAUCUAAACGAUAAUGAGCGCCGGUAUGAAGAAUCAGAUACUUUGUCUACGGCAUCCAGUGGGGAAUACUCGGUAGAAAAUGAGAUGGGAACUCAUCAGACUUCCGAACAUUCCGAUUCUUCAUCGGACAUUACUGAAAUAGUCGAUGACCUUUACCUGGGAGGUGAUAGAAUUUUCAGACACGGUUCGGAGACUACGUUUGUUCAACUGUUAAAUGAGCUACGAAAAAAUAAUAAUAUCAUGAGGGUAAUCCAGGAACUCAAGCCUGAAUUAUAUGAAAGAAUGACUCACAUCCAAUAA